GAAAGAGUCACCCAGAGAAGGAGCCAGUGGCUCCAGAAGUGACCAGACACCCCUUUGCCUUUCUGGGCUGAACCACUCAGCUGAGGGAAUGAACGUGCUCAGGGAGAGCUGCUGUCUUGCGUUCACUCGGAUGUUUCUGGAGCGCCUCCUGAUACUCGGUUGAGUGCUUCGCACGGGGCUAGACAGUGGGCCUAGGGAGUGAGCGCGACAGGCGGGGUCCUGUUCCUGGGGAAAGACUGGACAGAUGGUGACACAGACCCACAGUGGGUGCCCUGGAGGAGAGUCCUGCGGGGAUCUUGAGAGAACGCUGUGAGUGAAGGAAUAAGACCUGAUAUUUGAGAUCUACGAACCCUCUCCUACUGUGUUGUGCCCUGAAGGUGGUGAGAGGCAGCCUGGAAGGAUGUGUGGGCGAACGUCCUGUCACUUACCUAUAGAUGUGCUCACAAGAGCUUGUGCUUAUCGGAACCGGCAGGGCCAGCCGCGGCUCCCCGAGUGGAAGAACCCCGACAAGUAUUGCCCCUCCUACAACAAGAGCCCUCAGUCGAGCAGCCCGGUGCUGCUGUCUCGGCUGCACUUUGAAAAGGGCGCAGACUCGUCUGAGCGUAUCAUUGUUCCCAUGCGAUGGGGCUUGAUCCCAUCUUGGUUCAAAGAAAGUGAUCCUUCCAAGCUGCUGUUCAACACUACCAACUGUCGUAGUGAUACCAUGAUGGAGAAACGGUCCUUCAAAGUGCCUCUGGGAAAGGGAAGACGCUGUGUUGUUUUAGCAGAUGGAUUCUACGAGUGGCAGCGACGUCAGGGAACACAUGAGAGGCAGCCAUACUUCAUCUACUUCCCCCAAAUAAAAUCAGAAAAGUCAGGCAGCAUUGGUGCAGCAGACAGUCCAGAGGACUGGAAGAAAGCCUGGGACAACUGGAGGCUGCUGACGAUGGCUGGGAUCUUUGACUGCUGGGAGCCCCCCGAGGGAGGAAACCACCUGUAUUCCUACACCAUCAUCACAGUGGAUUCCUGCAAAAGCUUGAAUGACAUCCACCAAAGGAUGCCUGCCAUAUUAGAUGGAGAGGAAGCUGUCUCUAAAUGGCUUGAUUUUGGUGAAGUCUCAACUCAGGAAGCUCUGAAGUUAAUCCACCCCACAGAGAACAUCACCUUCCAUCCAGUCUCUCUUACGGUGAACAACUCCCUAAACAACACUCCUGAGUGUCUGGCUCCUGCCGACCUAUUGGUCAAAAAGCUAAGAGGCAGCAGCCAGAAGAUGUUGCAGUGGCUGGCCACAAAGUCACCCAAAAAGGAAGACCCCAAAACACCCGAAAAGGCAGGGUCAGAUGUGCCCCAGUGGUCCAGCCAGUUGCUGCAGAAGAGCCCGUUGUCCAUCAAGAGAAGCAGUGCAGGACUCCUGGAGCAAUGGCUGAAGCAGGAGAAGGAGGAGGAGCCCAUGGCCAAGCGACUUCACAGUGAAUAAUGCAGGACUUGCAGAGACCAAGGCCAGGUUUGCUGCACUAAAUACUGUUGCUGAUAACAGGUUCUUGCACUGUGUAUAUGGAUUUGCUUUGGGAGGAGGUAGCACAGUGUUAGUGGACAUUUGUGGGUUCAUGGGGGAGUGGCUAUUCUGAUUGUGACCAGAAACCCACAGUGGGGCUGAUGGGCAGCCUGGGAAGAGGAGGGGCCACCACCAUAGUGGGGGCUAUUAUGCCUUCAGUCUUCUCCUGGUAGACUUGGAGAGCCUUCCCUCAAAGCUUCACCCUGCUGGCAGUUCACAGCCCAGACCUGACCUGGUGCUGCUAGCAGAAGGCUGUUUUCUACUCAGCUUAGGCUCUAAGUUCUUUGGAAUUCAGUUCCUAAAACAUUCUGUUUUUUCUGAAUAAAUUAUAUUUGAUAAACUGCU